AUGUGCGAGGCCGGCGAAGGUACUCUGCUGGAAUCGCUGAAACUGAAGGGGGCUGAUAUUCCACCACAGAGUGAGCAGCAGCAAGAGGAAGAAGGUGAGAGCGACGACGUAGUUGAGGUCGAUCUUGAGACCAAGGUUAAAGAUCUAUCGGCAGAGCAGGCUGUCCAAGCUGCCCAGAUCAACAGCCUUUCGGAAGACAUGGAUAAUCCGAAAGCCUUGGUUUUUAAGGGUGGGGAGGGAAUCGUCAAACUGACGGUGUCUGUGUCAUCACUGUUUACCGCCUUUCAGCAGCUGGCUGCACAUGCAGGGUUCAAGCUGCCGAUGGCUGCCCUGGAGGGUUUGAACAGGCCUGAAGCCGGCGACUCCUCCACUGCUGUAGUAGCUCCUGCUACAACAAGAGGUGCUCUUCACACCUCUGCUGUUGCUCCGUCACUUGCGCGUAGACCACUUUUCGGCCAGAUUCCAGGGUUCGUGCAAGCCCAGGGAGCCACAUCCGGUGCACAGAGGUCUAGGGCGGGUGACACAGGUCCCGCAGCCGGCGCUUCAUCCUCCGCGGCUGAUCAGGCGGGUGCUGCAGCAUGUGUUACUACAGCAGCAACGGGUCAGCCAGGUGCCUCUGUCCGUGCUCCUCAUGCUGGAGCGGGUCAGCCAGGUGCCUAUGCUGGUGCUCCACCAGCUGGAGCGGUUCAGCCAGGCUCCUCUGCCGGUGCUCUUCCAGCUGUAGCGUGUCUGCCAGGUGCAGCAGCCGGUGUUUCACCAGCAGCCGCGGGUCAGCCAGAAGCCGGUGUUUCAACAGCAGCAGCGGGUCAGCCAGUUGUAGCACCCGUUAUUCCAACAGCAGCAGCGGGUCAGCCAAAGGCAGCAGCCGGUGUACCUACAGCAGCAGCGGGUCAGCCAGGUUCUGCAGGCGUUGCACUAACAGCAGCGGUGGCGCAGCCAUGUGCUACCGCGGGUGCUCCAAAGGCGGCAGCGGGUCAGCACGGACCCGCCACGGGGGUUGCUAUCAACGCAGGCGUGGGGUUUCGUGCACCAGGAGCGGGGGUGUUUGCUCCACAGGCAUGUGGUGUUCAGCCUGGAGCAUCUGCACAUGUCGCGCCAGCAAGGCCUAGUGGUCAUGCUCUGCAUCAUCCCAACUUGCUCUUCCACAGAUCAGGACAUCCAACCGCGUCCGUGUCUUUGCAUGCUACUUAG